AUGAAGCCGCGGGGCUGGCUGCCUCUGCUCCUGCAGUUGGGCCUGAUGUGGCCCCUGGGGGCUCUUUCUGAGCCCCGACUGAGGGUAUUUGUGGUUCCCCACAGCCACAUGGACGUGGGCUGGCUGCACACCGUACAGGAGAGCAUGCAGGCUUAUGUCACCAGUGUCUACAACUCCGUGGUGGAGGCACUGACCCUUGAGAGGAGGCUCAGGUUCAUCGCCAUGGAGCAGGAGUAUUUCCGGCUGUGGUGGCAUGGCGUCGCCUCAGAUGGGCAGAAAGGCCAGGUCCGCCAGCUCGUGGCCGAAGGUCGCCUGGAGUUUGUCCUUGGAGGCCAGGUCAUGCACAAUGAGGCCGUGACCCACUCUGAUGACCAGAUCCUCCAGCUCACAGAAGGACACAGCUUUCUCUAUGAAACAUUUGGGAUUCGACCACAAUUCUCCUGGCAGGUCGACCCAUUUGGUGCAUCUGCCACGACCCCCACCCUCUUUGCCCUGGCGGGCUUCAAUGCCCAUGUUAUCUCCAGGAUUGACUACGACCUGAAGGAGGCCAUGCAGAUUAACCAGCAGCUGCAGUUCGUGUGGCGAGGGUCCAGAUCCCUGUCGGCGCAGCAGGAAAUCUUCACACACGUCCUGGACCAUUUCGGCUACUGCUUUGAAGGAUUUUACUGGGAUGGUGAACCCAUCUUCCCACAUCCACCUGCGGAUGGCUGGUACCCCAACAUUCAAUUACCUGUCACUCAGAAAAGACUCCAGUCCUUUGUUGAGGCCAUGUUGUACAACAUGGGGGAACGAGCCACCUGGUUCCAGACACCACACCUCCUCUGGCCCUGGGGAUGUGACAGGCAGUUCUUCAACGCCUCACUGCAAUUCACCAACAUGGACCAUGUAAUGGAGGAGGUCAACAAGUUCACAUACCAGCACGGCAUCUCGGUGCAGCACGCUACGCUGGGCAACUACUUCCAGGCUGUGCAUGCUCACCAGCUCUCCUGGAAGGUCCGAGACCACCAAGACUUCCUGCCUUAUUCCUCAGAUUUAUUUCACGCCUGGACCGGAUUCUACACCUCCCGAAGUGGUCUCAAGGGGCUGGCGAGGAGAGCCAGCGCCCUGCUGUACGCCGGGGAGUCCGUGUUCACACGCUACAUGCUGUUGGCUCCCCACCGGUUCCUGGACCCGGCCUGGGGCCUGCAGCAGCUCCAGCAGCUCCACUGGGCAGUCUCCGAGGUCCAGCACCACGACGCCGUCACUGGGACUCACGCUGUCAAGGUUGGUGACAUGUUUGUAGAGAACCUGAGCACCAGGAUGGAAGGGGUGCACAAGCUGAUGGCCUCGAUCCUCCAGGACAGGUCUCCAGCCCACUCGGGCCCAGAGUGUGGGGGACACUUUGCAGUGGUCUACAACCCGCUGGCCUGGACGGUCACCAUCAUCACCCUGACUGUGGAAUUCCCCAAUGUCAGCAUCACAGACGAGUCAGGCCACCCUGUGCCUGCACAGUUCCAAAGAUCAAAGGAGAUGCCCUCUGCCUAUGACCUGCACGUGCUGACCACGAUCCCAGGACUCAGUUACAGGCACUACAGCAUCCAGGCCAGCAGGAGGCCCCAUGAGGGAGGCUCCCCCACUGGGGAGCCUGUGACCUCCUUGGCCAGCUCCAGGCAGUUUGGACUUAGACUCAGGAGAAGUGGCAAGCGGGUGGGCGGAAGCCUAGUGCCUGUGAAGAAUGACUGCUACACCGUAUUCCUAGACAAGGACACCAACUUGAUGCACAGCAUCUGGGAGAGGCAGAGUAACCGAACAGUACUGGUGACCCAGAGUUUCAUGGAGUAUCAUGUGAAGAGUGAUGUCAAUCACGGCCCCAUUUCAGAUAAUUAUGUGUUUACACCCAAUGGUAGAGCAGAGCCAGCAUGGGAGGCUGUGAGGAUGGAGAUCGUGGAGGGGCCGCUGGUCACUGAGAUCCGGCAGUACUUCUACAGGGAGGUGAACGACAGUGAGUCCACGUUCGCCAUCUACUCCCGGCUGGCCCAUGGACCCCAGGGCUCUGACGGGGAGCUGCUCUGCCAUCGCAUAGAGCAGGAGUACCAGGUGGGCCCCUUGGAGCUGAACCGCGAGGCCAUCCUGAGGACAAGCUCCAAGCUGGACACGAGGCGGGUCCUCUACUCGGACAACAAUGGCUACCAGGUGCAGCGCAGGCCCUACAGGCACUACAAGAGCAACACCAUCGCUCGGAAUUACUACCCCAUGGUCCAAUCAGCCUUCAUCCAGGACAGACGCAGCAGGCUGGUGCUGCACUCCACACAGGCACACGGCGUCUCCAGCCAAAGGAACGGGCAGGUGGAGGUCAUGCUCCACCGGCGGCUGUGGAACAAUGACAAGGAUGCCCUGGGCAACAACCUCACACUGAACAACACCUCGGUCGUCCACCCAGUGCUCUGGCUCCUUCUGGGAUCCAGGGCCCUCACCAGUGGUCUGCACCAGAGGAGUGGGCUGGCGCUGCAGCACCGGCCUGUCGUGAUGCUCAGAGAGAUGAACGAGAUUGCCCCACGUGGCUCAGAUCCCUGGAAGCAAAAGGCUGUGACGCUGCCCCCAGGCGUCCACCUGCAGAUCCUCAGCAUCCCCAGCUGGAAGUACAGCUCAAACCACACAGAGCACCUGCAUACUCUCCAGAAAGACCAAAAGGACGAGGCCAAGGCAGACCUCCACCGUGUCCUGCUGCGGCUCCAGCACCUGUAUGAGGUGGACCAGGACCCGGUGUUGUCUCGGCCUGUGACGGUGAACCUGCGGUCUGUGUUGAGGGGACUGGGCUCCAUGGUGUCUGUGGAAGAGCGCUCACUCACAGGGACCUGGGAUGUGAACGAGAUGUAUCGCUGGACCUGGAGCACGGGGGACCCUCACCGCCACAGAGGCAACUCCAGUCGGCCCUCGCCAUCGCCAGGAAGCCCCGAGGUCACCAUCUACCCGAAGGAGAUCCGGACGUUCUUCAUUCACUUUCAAGAGCACUGA